CGCAGGUGCUUUGGGUUUUUGCCCUGCCGACGCUCAGUUAGAAGAGGGUCGUAAAAAAGAAAGCAGUAUGAUACUGUUUCCUCCUGCUGACCAAAAUGCACAGGAGCUCCAUAUGCUCACUAUGGUGCAAGAUCUUGCUGCCACGUUACUGAUGGAGUUUGAGAAAUGGGUGCUUCGUGCAGAAUCUACAGGGACUAUUUUGAAGACACCCUUAGAUUCUCAAUCCAGUCUUGGCUCAGAGGAGGUUUAUUCUUUAGGUGUGAUUAAAGCUAAGAAAAGGAGGCUUGGUCGAGCUCAGAAAACCAUAGGAGACUAUUGUUUGUUGGCUGGAUCACCUGUUGAUGCAAAUGCCCAUUAUUCUACAGCAAUAGAUCUUGCUAGGUUAACUAAUGAUGUUUUCUGGCAUGCGGGCGCCCUCGAGGGUAGUGUAUGCGCCUUACUGAUGGACCGUAAGGAUCAGAGAGAUUAUGAGUUAGAGAAUGAGGUGAAAUAUCGGUAUUUGAAUGUCAUUCAGCUUUAUCGGAGAUCAUUUUUACAAGACAAUGCACAACGGGUUUCAACUGUGAGCUUUGAGCUUGAGGCUGCAUUGAAAUUGGCUAGAUACCUCUGUCGGCGUGAGCUUGCGAAGGAGGUGACUGAGUUGUUGACGGGAGCUGCCGAAGGAGCUAAGUCCCUGAUUGAUGCUAAUGAUCGCCUGAUAUUAUAUGUUGAAAUAGCUAGAUUAUUUGGCAGUCUCGGUUAUCAGCGCAAAGCAGCCUUCUUCUCGAGGCAAAUUUCUCAGUUGUAUCUGCAACAAGAUAAUGCAUGUGCAGCUAUAAGCGCUAUGCGAGUCUUGUCAUUGACUUCAAAGGCAUACCAUGUUCAAAGUAGAGGGGCCAACCCAAAACUACAUUCAUCGCCUGCUGAACUUGGAUGUAGUCAUACAGAGAGUGGAAAAGUGCAUCCCCAGUCAAUAAUCUCGUUGUUUGAAUCUCAAUGGAGUACCCUACAAAUGGUUGUUUUAAGGGAAAUAUUGAUGUCCUCAGUUCGUGCUGGAGACCCUCUUGCUGCAUGGAGCGCAGCUGCGCGUCUACUCAGAUUAUUUUAUCCUCUCAUUACACCUGCAGGGCAAAGUGGUCUUGCAAGUUCACUUACCAAUUCUGCUGAAAGGCUUCCAGCUGGGACUCGCUGUGCGGAUCCUGCCCUUCCUUUUGUCAGGUUACAUUCAUUUUCACUCCAUCCUUCUCAAGUGGAUAUCAUAAAGCGUAAUCCAGGAAAGAAAGAGUGGUGGACUGGUGCAGCUCCUUCUGGACCUUUUAUUUACACUCCUUUUAGUAAGGGUGGGUCUACUGACAGCACUAAGCAGGAGCUAACUUGGAUCGUUGGGGAGCCAGUUCAAGUUUUGGUUGAAUUAGCAAAUCCCUGUGGCUUUGACUUACUGGUCGAAAGUAUUUAUCUUUCAAUUCAUUCUGGGAAUGUGGAUGCUUUUCCUGUAAGUGUGAGCCUUCCACCUAAUACCUCCAAGGUGAUCUUGCUCUCAGGAAUUCCAACUAAAUUGGGACCCGUCACAAUACCUGGAUGCAUUGUACACUGUUUUGGUGUCAUUACAGAACACCUUUUCAAGGAAGUUGAUAACUUGCUUCUUGGAGCAGCGCAAGGUCUUGUUCUUUCAGAUCCUUUCAGAUGUUGUGGCUCAACUAAAUAUAAAAAUGUGCCUGUCCCAAGCAUUUCUGUAGUACCACCUUUGCCUCUUUUAGUCCCUCAUGUUGUUGGAGGUGAUGGUGCUGCCAUUUUGUAUGAAGGCGAAAUUCGGGAUAUUUGGAUAUGUCUCACCAAUGCUGGAACUGUGCCAGUUGAGGAGGCACAUGUAUCCCUGACUGGAAAAAACCAAGACUCUGUUAUUUCAAUACCUCAUGAAACUUUGAGGUCAGCACUGCCUCUGAAACCAGGUGCAGAAGUGACGCUUCCAAUAACGAUAAAAGCAUGGCAACUUAGCUUGGUCGAUUCUGAGAAUGAAACUGGGAGGAGCACGUCGGGAAAUACACGAAGGAUAUCCAAGGAAGGAAGCAGUCCAUUGUUGGUUAUUCACUAUGCUGGGCCAUUGUCACAUCCCAGUCAAUCGUCAAGCACUGAAUUUCCUGUGACUCCAGGAAGGCGACUGGUUGUUCCAUUGCAUGUAUCUAUAUUACAGGGAUUACAAUUUGUGAAAGCUCGUUUACUAUCUAUGGAAAUUCCUGCACAUGUUGGGAAAACCCUUCCAAAAAAUGUUUCUGUUGCUGAAAAUGUUACCAAAGCGCUCCAUGUUCGUGACACCGCAGACCAAUUUGUGAAAUUCGAUUUGUACAGAGGAAGCUGGGGUUUGCAUCUUCUUGAACUUGAGUUGUCCAAUCCUACCGAUGUUGUAUUUGAAGUUAAUGUAUCUGUCCAGUUAGAUACUCAAAAGAGCAAGCAAGAACAUGGUUCUGGUGAACUAGGGUGUCUUAAAACGAGAAUUGACCGUGAUUACUCUGCUCGGGUGCUAAUACCACUGGAACACUUUAAACUGCCUGUUCUUGAUGGUUCUUUCUUUUUAAAGGAUUUUCAGACAAAUGAUCAUUUAGGUAGUGAAGUCUCAAGCAUGACUGAGUGGAAUACCAAAGCUGAGCUGAAUGCUUCCAUCAACAAUUUGAUCUCAAAAAUAAAAGUAAGAUGGCAAUCUGGACGGAAUAGCUUGGGCGAGUUGAACAUCAAGGAUGCAACCCAAGCUGCACUGCAAAGUUCAGUUAUGGACAUAUUACUUCCUGACCCUUUAAGUUAUGAGUUCAGGCUAGCAAAAGAUGGCGAUAAAACAGAGAGGAUGGAUAAUGUAGUGGACUCAAAUAUGGCCUCUGUUUUAUCAGCUGAGGCUUCUGGUAACAAUGGUGAAGAAAGCACCUUAAGAUCUAAAGAUUAUGUAUCAGCUCAUGAAAUGACGAACAUGGAGGUUUCCAUUCGGAAUAAUACCAAGGAAAGUAUCCGAAUGAGCCUCAGCAUAGCAUGCAGAGAUGUAGCAGGUGAGAAUUGCAUCGAAGGAGGCAGCUCAACCGUCCUGUGGUCUGGCAUCCUUGGAGGAAUCAGUUUGGAGGUUCCCCCUCUUCACGAAGUAACGCAUCCAUUCUCCCUCUACUUUCUUGUACCUGGAGAUUACACACUACUCGCUGCGGCUGUCAUAGACGACGCUACUGAUGUACUCCGGGCCCGUGCAAGAACUGAUUCACCCGAGGGUCCCAUCUUUUGCCGUGGGUCCCCUUUCCAUGUUCGUGUUGCCGGAACAGCUUAACAGGUGUAAUUUUCUCAAAAAUUGAAAAUGUUGGGCGAGGACAUUAUGUGUUUAAACUCUUGAUUGUUUGUAUUUCAUUCUCUUAUGAUUCUUCUAUAGAGAAGCACCUCUUAUUUGAGGCCUAUGGAAUUUGUAAUUGGAUCCUAUGUGGUGUAAUGAGCAUCUUCAAUUUUUCUUUUAGUGAAUGAUUCAACAUUUUUAUAUUAA